GAGGCGGAGGAGGAGGGGGAGAAUGCCUGGAGCUGCCGCCGCCGCCGCCGCGAUGCUCCCGGCUCAGGAGGCUGCCAAGCUGUACCACACCAACUAUGUGCGGAACUCGCGGGCCAUCGGCGUGCUGUGGGCCAUCUUCACCAUCUGCUUUGCUAUCGUCAACGUGGUGUGCUUCAUCCAGCCCUACUGGAUCGGCGACGGCGUGGACACCCCGCAAGCCGGCUAUUUCGGGCUCUUUCACUACUGCAUCGGCAACGGCUUCUCCCGGGAGCUGACCUGCAGGGGCAGCUUCACGGACUUCUCCACGCUGCCCUCGGGCGCCUUCAAAGCCGCCUCGUUCUUCAUCGGCCUCUCCAUGAUGCUCAUCAUCGCCUGCAUCGUUUGCUUUACCCUCUUCUUCUUCUGCAACACAGCCACCGUGUACAAGAUCUGUGCUUGGAUGCAGCUCACCUCCGCUGCCUGUCUUGUGCUCGGCUGUAUGAUUUUCCCCGAUGGCUGGGAUUCAGAUGAAGUAAAACGGAUGUGUGGGGAAAAGACAGACAAGUACACUCUUGGCGCCUGCUCCGUCCGCUGGGCGUACAUCCUGGCUAUCAUUGGAAUACUGGAUGCCCUGAUCCUCUCAUUUCUCGCAUUUGUGCUCGGAAACCGACAAGACAGCUUAAUGGCAGAGGAACUGAAGGCAGAAAACAAAGUUCUGCUAAGCCAAUAUUCUCUAGAAUGAGCACAAAACAAGUCAAAUAACAGCUAAACAAACAGCUUUGUACAUCAACAUCAAGAAGGAAGACACUUGGGAGAGACCAGAGUCCAGAGACGAAUAUGCACAAAGUGAAACGUCUACUUAUCGGCGCACCUGCUAAUCUAGAUCAGCAGAGCUGCGGAUGGUUUUCUGAGCGGAGCUACGAUCACGGAUUAAACACCAGCUCACUGGAAACUGUCAUUAAAUAAGAUCAGAUAACAUUCAUGAAAAUCAUAACCAGGAACUAGUUUAAGAAAGAAGAAUACAAACAUGCUAGAAUUAACAUGUAAAAUACAUAUGUACUGAGGUUUAUAAGCUGUCCUUUUUAAAUCAAACUGAAAACAAAAAAAAAAGCUUUACUCUUUCAAUGUUAUUAAAAGAAACAAAAGGGCAGUUAGUUCUAGAUUAUUCCUGUCUCAGUAGCCAAGAAGCUGAUCAAGGGUCAUUUACUCUGAUCUUUGGUUCCUCAGCUUUGUUGUCCACUCAUUUCACUGUGCAAUUAGUUACAACCAUUUGGUUAUUAAGAGAUAUAGCCCUUCAAUCUUCCUCCCAAGUGUGUGUUCAGUUUAAUCUGUCUGUAGGAGUCAUCACCAAGGAAAUGUUUCUGCCGUGUGCUAUGACUCCAUCAAACUGUGAAUCCUAGGAAGUACACCAUUACAUGAUAGGUUCCCAUAGAUGUCCCUGUCAUUGAUGAAACAGCAUCAAGGAACUCUGAACAAUAAAGAAAGUUUCUUUUCACCUGGACGCUCUCUCAUGUAAUAUAUAGGCUGCUAUCAAAUAAACACUUUUUCUAGUUCCCCUAGAACAUGCAUAGGAAUUUAAUAUACUUUACAAGUAGAUACCUAAAAUAUGAGUUUUCUAUUUCUUUAUUCUGUAUGUCAUUAGAAACCCAUUUCCUUUAAUUCCUUUACUGACGUAUACUCAUUUUUGUUUUGAUAAAAGAAAUUAUUCCAUUAAAUCUACUUCUAAAUAAUAGUAAGUGGUACUAACAAAAUAAAUUUAAAAACUUUAUAGCCUUAGAAGUAAAUAACUCUAUACUUACACAUGUCAAAAGAACUUGAUAGACAUAAGUUACCUUUUGUUCAUUAAUGUUGAUUUUGAAAGUUCUUAUAUGUUUUCUUUCCUUUGGGUUAGCCAGUGAUUGGUAGUAGUUACAACUCACCACCUGUCUUCAAGGAUCUUUUCCCCCCCAGAUACUCCCAACCAUUGCCCUUAUAACAUCUCCUGCUUAAAUCCAACACCAGAGAAACACUUAAUGUUGAAGUAGUACUUUGUCUGCGGGUAAACACAAGCUGAGGUGCACAUGAAGGGGCCUCAGUGGAAGAGCCCAUAUUAUAUACCUGAGCACAAAACACACACACAUAGAAUGUCUUCACUCACGGGCUCAGAUAAGGUUGAAUUCGCAUCUGUCGCUAGAACAUCAGGUGGAGCCUAACGUGGAAUCAGGGUUUUCCUCUCUUAUGCUCGCAUAAAACCACAUUCAUAUUUUUAGCCAUGUUUUCACCGUGAGCCAAAGGUUUCAAAUGGCUAAGAGUAUAUUACAGAUACACUCAAGUGCUCAUGUAAGUAAAACUCAGUUCACAGAGGUGUGGCUUUACUAAGGAACGAUAUUAAGGGAACACUUGGUCUCUAUAAUUACAGUAUAAGUCAUUCUGGGGGCUAUUUGUUACUUUAAGUAGUAGUUGUCCCGAUGCAUUCAAAAUAUCCUACUUACUAAUUUAAUUACACACAACUUUUACUUUGUUUCGUUUUUCGAGACAGGGUUUCUCUGUGUAGCCCUGGCUAUUCUGGAACUCUCUCUGUAGACCAGGCUGGCCUCAAACUACACACAACUUUUUAAAAAGUCAUCUUUUAUUUAAGGGGAGGCAUCUCAUAAUCUACACUAAAAACAGAAGGUAUUAGAUUCCCCUAAUCCAUGGAAACUAUGGUUCCGUCUGGAGUCCUACAUCAGUAGCAGUAAUGUUUUAAAAAAAUGAAAAGAUCUUCCUCUCCAUGUGCAAAUUUCUUUAAGAGAUUUUUGCCAUGAAACCUAAGUGUAAUUUAGCAUACCACAGAGCUAUGAAGAUGGGUCAUUGAUAAUAUACCAUUUGUACAUAGAUAAUAUACAUGUAAAUCACUAAAUGUUAAGUAUAAGAAGUAUGUUUUUACCUUUAAAAAAUGACUCCCUUUCUCAUUCUGUUCUGUUCUAUUAUGUCCAAAAGUUGUGUGCGAUUUUUUUAAGGUCCAGGAAAUGUAAAGAAAUUUAUUGGAAUAUCUGA